AUGGGUCCUUCGUACCUUGAGAGCUUCAUAGACGACGACUUCGAUAAUGGGUCCAACAACAACAACUCAUCAGAUUCGGAUGACGAAAUCAUCCUCCCCGAAAUCAGUCCACCUCGAUUUCCUCCGAAUCCGGUGACAUGGGAGCCCUCACCUAUUGGCAUUCCGACCGUAUGUUACUGUGGAAAACCGGCUGUGCUUAAGACUCAAACAAUUGGGUUAGAGACUAAGACCAAAUUCUACUCUUGUGCUAGUGAUAUUCGUGAUGGAGAUUGCCACAUUUACAAAUUAUUGGAUGACGCAAUCUUGGAGGAGAUUACUUUAACCAAAACAAAAUUGGGAGAAAUAGAAGGUCGCCUAUUUGGAUUGCUCACCACUGUUGAAGAAGAGAAGAAGAAGCUUCAAGAACUAGAAAGUCGCCUACUUGGAUUGCUCAGCACUGUUGAAGAAAUAGAAGGUCGUCUUUAG